GUUCUGUCUUCUGCCGCUCACUUGUUUCAAAGUUUCCUUUUAACUCUUUCUCGAGCGCAUCGCAUUUCUUGGAGAGAGAGAGAGAGAGAGAGAGCGCAUGCGAGCCUUCAGCUGAAGUUGCAGCGAGAGUGUGGUAGUACUGAAGGUCGACCUGCGAAGCCGCGAAGAUGAUGGUGUUCUCCGGUAAGCAGCAGGUAUUUCCGGUGGACUACGAAGCGGAUGUCUCGCAACGGCUUCUGGAAGCUUCCCUCGCCGGUGAUCUGAAGUCGGCGAUCGAGUGCAUCGUUGAUCCCUUCGUGGACGUGAACUUCGUCGGCGCGGUGUGCUUGAAGAGUAGGAAGACUGAGCUGGUCCCGCGUGACGAAUCGCCGAGCGACGUCCGCGUGGAGUACGAGGAAUUCAAGACCGACGUCACCCCCUUGUUCCUCGCCGUCCAUACCGGCAACGUGGACCUCGUUAAGAAGUUGCUGAGCUCUGGAGCAGAUGUGAACCAGAAACUCUUUAGGGGCUUUGCACCAACAGCAGCAGUGAGGGAGGGUCAUUUAGAGAUUCUUGAGAUCUUACUUAAAGCUGGGGCCUCACAGCCAGCCUGUGAGGAGGCUUUGCUGGAGGCAAGCCGUCAUGGUCGUGCAAGACAUGCUGAGUUGCUCAUGGGCUCUGAUCUCAUCCGGCCCCGUAUUGGUCUGCAUGCUUUUGUCACUGCAUGCUGCAGGGGUUUCAUAGAUGUGGUUGACACUCUCAUGAAGUGUGGUGUAGAUGCAAGUGCGGCUGACCGGGUCUUGCUCCAGUCAUCUAAGCCUUCUGUUCACAUGAAUGUUGACUGUACUGCACUUGCUGCCGCUGUGGUUAGUAGGCAGGUUUCCAUUGUCCGUUUGCUGCUUCAGGCUGGUGUCAUGAUGGACAUCAAAGUGAAGUUAGGAGCAUGGUCUUGGGACAUGGCUACUGGGGAAGAAUAUCGAGUUGGUGCUGGGUUGGCAGAGCCCUAUGCCAUCACCUGGUGUGCAGUGGAAUAUUUUGAAGUGAGUGGUGCAAUCUUGCGUAUGCUCCUCCAACACCUCUCCCCCAAUACCCCUCAUUAUGGGAGAACUCCCCUUCACCAUGCCAUCCUAUGUGGCAGUGUAGGAGCUGUCAAGGUGCUGUUGAAUUGUGGUGCUGAUGCAGAAUGCCCUAUUAAGACAGCCAAGAAAAAUGAAUUUCGUCCUAUACACAUGGCUGCCCGUCUUGGAUUAUCAACUUUAGUUCAAUGCCUUAUUGACUCUGGUUGUGAUCUAAACUCAAAGACAGAUUCUGGUGACACAGCCUUGAUGAUCUGCGCAAAAUAUAAGCGUGAAGAAUGCCUCAAGGUAUUGGCCAUGGCUGGUGCUGAUUUUGGCUUGGUAAAUGUUGCUGGUCAGUCUGCAAGUUCAAUUGCUGGAUCAAACCGGUGGUCCCUUGCUUUUCAAGAUGUGGUGUUUGAUGUAAUUAGAGCCAUGAAGAUACCAAGGUCCAGCAAUAUGUCUGUGUUCUCUCCACUAAUGUUUGCAGCCAAAGCUGGUGACAUUGAGGCUCUGAAAAUUCUGAUUGGGUGGGGAGGAUUCAAUCUUGAUUAUCAGGAUGAUAAUGGUUUCUCAGCGGUUAUGAUUACUGCUCUGAAGGGUCAUGUUGAAGCAUUCAGGUUGCUGGUUUAUGCAGGGGCUGACGUAAAGCUUCACAACAAAUCUGGUCAAACUGCAAUCACUUUAUCUGAGUCACAUCAGAGUCAUGACUUAUUUGAGAAGGUAAUGCUCCAAUUUGCCCUUGAAAAGGGCAACCGCAAUGCUGGAGGGUUCCAUGCUUUACAUUGCGCUGCUCGUCGUGGUGACUUAGAUGCAGUAGAAUUGCUUACCAGUAAAGGUUAUGAUGUAAAUGUCCCUGAUGGGGACGGAUACACUCCCCUCAUGCUAGCUGCAAAGGAAGGCCAUGGGUCCAUGUGUGAGCUCUUGGUCUCGCGUGGGGCCUAUUGCGAUAUCAAGAAUGCUAGGGGUGAAACAGCGCUCUCACUUGCAAGGAAAAUUGUCGGCCGGAAAAAUGAUGCUGAGCAUGUGAUACUGGACGAGCUUGCUCGCAAGCUAGUAUUAGGUGGUGCCUCUGUGCGGAAACACACCAGGGGAGGGAAAGGGACUCCGCAUGGUAAGGAAAUGAGAAUGGUGGGGUCUGCAGGGGUGCUGCGAUGGGGAAACUCAAGCCGGAGAAAUGUGACUUGCCAGCAUGCAGAGGUGGGGCCUAGCGCAGCCUUUCGGAAAAAUAGGAAGAAGAAGGGUGAUGCUGAUGAACCUGGAGUGUUUAGGGUGGCGACUACAAAGAACAGGGAGGUGCAUUUUGUAUGCGAGGGUGGGUUUGAGACGGCUGAGCUCUGGGUGAGGGGCAUUAAGCUUGUGACAAAAGAGGCUAUUUUUGGCAAGCCGAGGGAAACUAGAUGGUGAAUGGUGAGGAUGUGGACGCAGGCAAUAUGUAUAGUUGUUCGGGGGAGUACUUCAUCUUGAAGUAUCUUUGCAUUUUCAUUGUAAAGGUUUUGACAGCCAUUAGUUGUAAAUUUGUUCACCUUUAGUUAAAAUUAAAAAUAUGGAAAUUGCGC